UCACUCCCAGAGGAAUCUCAGGAGGGCGUCUUGGGAGGCGUCAUGGCUGCUGUGAAAGUUUUGAUCUUCCUCCUUAUUCUCUUAUAUCACCUGUGUGACGCGAAGAGGACAAGGGGAGUAAAAAAUGUUUGUACGUUCUCCCCAUGUGAUGUGUGUGUGUGUGUGUGUCUGGGUAUUUGCGGACCUUCCCUCAAUGCAAAGACAUUCACUCAGACUGCCGGGCAUCUGUGAACAUCCCUUGGAAUUGCCCUGUGACGGACUGGCAUCCCAUCCAGGCUGUACCCCUGCCCUGUGCCCUGUGAUGGACUGACAUCCCAACCAGGCUGUACCCCAACCCAGUGCCCUGUGAUGCACUGGCAUCCCAUCAUGGCUGUACCCCAGCCCAGUGCCCUGUGAUGGACUGGCAUCCCAUCCAGGCUGUACCCCAAGGCCUGCAAGGACAACAUCAGUGACAGAGGGAUACAGAUCUGGAACUACGUGGUGCGCAGGAGAGCGAGACAGAAGAGUGAGACAGGAGAGUGGCACCCUGUGAGACAGGAGAGUGGCACCCUGUGAGACAGGAGAGUGAGACAGGAGAGUGGCACCCUGUGAGACAGGAGAGUGAGACAGGAGAGUGGCACCCUGUGAGAUAGGAGAGUGAGACAGGAGAGUGGCACCCUGUGAGACAGGAGAGUGAGACAGGAGAGUGGCACCCUGUGAGACAGGAGAGUGAGACAGGAGAGUGGCACCCUGUGAGAUAGGAGAGUGAGACAGGAGAGUGGCACCCUGUGAGACAGGAGAGUGGCACCCUAUGAGAUAGGAGAGUGAGACAGGAGAGUGGCACAUCAUCUCCUUUGCUUUGCGCUGUAUGGCCAAAUCUGAGCACCAUUGUGUUUAGUGUUUUGUUAUUUUUUAUCCUUGAUAUUUUAUUUUGCAUGACUGUGGGUUUGUUCGGCAGAGUUCCCCGGGACCCACAGACCUGUCAAACCGCAAACCCCCUAUGAGCCCGUGUCCAGGUUCUGGAUGUUCCACGUAGGGGCCUCAUUGGAAGAUUUGUGCGCCAUCCAGGCACUGCAGCCUCAAACUCUGGACUCCUGUGGUUUCAACUCCAGUCACCCACUGGUCAUCAUCAUCCACGGGUGGUCGCUGGAUGGGAAGUUAGAGAAAUGGAUGGCAAACCUGGCGACAGCCCUGAAGACCACACUGAGGGACGUGAACGUGAUGAUCGGGGACUGGCUCCCUCUGGCCCAGCAGCACUACCCGAUCGCCGCCAUGAACACGCGACAAGUGGGUCAGGAGAUGGCGUACCUGCUGGAAUGGCUGGAGGAAAGUUCCAACUUCACCACGGAUAAGGUGCACAUGAUCGGGUACAGCCUGGGGGCUCACGUUGCAGGAUUCACAGGGAAUUACUUAACGGGAUUCAGAAAAGUCGGGCGGAUUACAGGCCUGGACCCCGCUGGUCCGCUCUUCGAGGGCAUGUCCUACACAGACAGGCUGUCACCGGAUGAUGCCAACUUUGUGGACGCCAUCCACACCUUCACCCAGGAGCACAUGGGGCUCAGUGUGGGCAUCAAGCAGCCUGUGGCUCACUUUGAUUUCUACCCCAACGGUGGCACCUUCCAACCUGGCUGCCACAUCCAGAACCUCUACGAGCAUCUGACCCAGUACGGGCUGCUGGGUUUUCAGCAGACCAUGAAGUGCGCCCACGAGCGGGCCGUCCAUCUCUUUAUCGACUCCCUGCUGAACGAGGACAUGCAGAGCACAGCCUACCGCUGCCCUGACGACAGCUCCUUCAACAAGGGCAUGUGCCUGGACUGCCGCAAGAACCGCUGCAACACGCUGGGCUACAACAUCCGGAAGAUGCGCACGGGCCGCGGCAGCCGGCGCCUCUAUUUGAAGACGCGCUCGCGCAUGCCCUACAAAGUUUAUCACUAUCAAUUCAAGAUCCAAUUCAUCAACCAGAUCGAGCGCAUCGAGCCAUCCCUCACCAUCUCCCUCACUGGGACCAAGGAAGCGAGCGAGAAUCUGCCCAUCACGUUUAUCGAGGAGAUCUCAGGAAACAAGACGUACACAUUCCUGAUCACACUGGACAAGGACAUCGGCGAGUUGAUGAUGCUCGGGUUCCGCUGGGAGGGCAGUGCCGUGUGGGCGAACAUGUGGAACAAAAUGCAGGCCAUCAUCCCUUGGCACCUGCGGCGCAAGGGGCCGGAGCUGACCGUGGGCAAGAUCCGCGUCAAGGCGGGGGAGACGCAGACGAAGACAUCAUUCUGCGCUGAGACGAACGAUGUGAUUCACAUCCCCCCGUCCCAGGAGAAAGUAUUUGUGCGCUGUGAGCAAAGGGGGCAGAAGGCGCGCGCCAAGCGAACGCCCAGCUGACCGCAGCGGAGCCGCACGCGGAAGCAGCACGCGGGCCCAGCUGACCGCAGCGGAGCCGCACGCGGGACCAGCACGUGGGCCCAGCUGCUCCGCACUCUGACUCACGUACCAAUGCAAAAUUGCGGAUGCAAAACGCACAAAACACCGGUAAUGACAAGACGAGCCCUUGGGUGCGACGUCCUCGCAAAAUCUGUGAGAUCCUGUGCCUAAAUUUAAGUCUUCUGGCGCCUAUCCAUGUUUUCAAAUGCCACGUAACAUGCCAGUGUUAUAAAUUAAUAAAUGUGCUUCUGGGAUUUUGCAUUUUAAA